AUGAAGCGGUCGUGUGCGAGUUUUGGAAACGAUCGAUGCGCGUGUAUUCCGAUGCGAAAGUUCACUUCGAACGCAAUUACGCGCUUUUUUGAGCGUUUCAACCUUCGCGCGUCGCCGUUCCACGACGCGCGACCGAUUUCGAAUUUUAUUUUAUUUUCUUCGUUUGUUUAUUUGAUACGCUCCGCUUCGUCCGUCGUCUUAUCGAGGAGGAUCGAUUUUACGUUCGAAGAAGCCGUCCAAAAGACAACGAAAUCUGGUACCAAAUCCAAGGGUGGCCAAGCCGGUGUCGGCUACAAGGGUUCCACCGAAGCCGGUUCCGCCCCGAAGAGACGCGACGGUAAGGCUGGCUACGUCUACUCCUUGGGCGUCCGCAACGGCAAGGCGAACGUCGACGAAUACUCCCCGAUCUACUCACCGGAAGAAUUCAAGACGGACGGCGACAAGUACGAAGGUAACUUGCUGUACUGGGCGGCUACGCUCGCCGGUAUCAUCGGUUCCGGUGCGCUCGCCAUCUACUUGACUUCCGCCUUGUAA